GAGACAGAUCACUACUUGUGCACCCUUAAUUCCAGCGAGACCCCUCUAGACCGGACCCUGGACCUAACUCCCCAGAGACCCCUCUUUACCGGACCCAAAACCUAACUCCCCAGAGACCCCUCUUUACCGGACCCUGGACCUAACUCCACAGAGACCCCUCUAGACCGGACCCUGGACCUAACUCCACAGAGACCCCUGCAGACCCCUCUAGAUCCUGUGGACCAGCACCUAGACCAGACCAGACCCUAACAUGGGACUACUCAGUGUGGAAGAGCUGGUGACUGGCAAGAGGAGCGACGGCAGAGAGGCGGAGGACUUCUCAGGGGGCGUGUACGAGGCAGCUGUCAAUCAAGAGAAGCAGGAUGACCGUCGGUCGCAGGUGGAGGUGGGCGGGGCCAUGUCGGAGGUGGGAGGGGCCAUGUCGGAGGAGGAGGAGGUCAGCGUGGCUGCGCUCAACACGGACCAGAGUGGGCGUCUGCGGUUGGACACGGUGGACGACCUCUUCAACAUCCUGCAGCUGAGGAAGAGGAGGAGAGCGAGGAAGACUGCGGUAGCAAGGAAGCAGCCAGAAGCUGAGAUCAUCCCUGCGGUGGUGGAUGCGGAGGUCUUCCUGUCGGCUUCGCUGGACAACAAACUUCCACUGGUCGACAAAUAUCUCACUGAUGGAGGAAACCCCGACGUAGUUGACCACUUCCAGAGGACUGCACUACACAAGGCUGCCUCCAAAGGUCACCUAGAGGUCAUGAAGAGGCUGCUGGAGGCUGGAGCUUCAUUGGAGAACAGAGACAAGUUGGAGGCCACAGCAGUACACUGGGCGUGUCGGGGAGGACACGUGUCUGCUCUCGAGCUGCUUCUCAACCAGGGAGCCAAGAUUACCUGCAGAGAUAAGCUGCGCAGCUCUCCGCUCCACGUGGCCGUGCGGACCGGACACAUGGAGUGCGCCGAGCACCUCAUCCACUGCGGGGCCGACGUCAACGCCCGCGACCGGGACGGAGACACGCCCAUGCACGACGCCGUCCGCAUCAACCGCUUCAAGAUGAUCCGUCUGCUGAUGAUGCACGGGGCCAGCCUCCACGCCAGAAACGCCGACAUGAAGACACCUCUGGAGAUGCUGAACGCCUGGCAGAGCGGAGCCAAGAGCCUGCUCUGUAGCUCCAGCUCAGAGCAGCCUGGGGUCUAGAGGAGGAGGAGCAGGAGGAGCAGCAGCCUGGAGUCUAGAGGAGGAGCAGGAGGAGCAGCCUGGAGCCUUGAGGAGGAGGAGCAGGAGGAGCAGCAGCCUGGAGUCUUGAGGAAAAUGAGGAGCCUGGCAUCUAGAGGGUUAGCAGAUCCUAUUACGGUUAAUAUAGAGCUGGUAACAUAGAGCUGGUAACAUACUCUAGAGCUGAUAACAUAGAGCUGGUGAUUUAGAGCUGCGGAUAUAGAGCUGGUACCACAGAGCUGGUACCAUAGAACUGGUACCACUGAGCUGGUACCACAGAGCUGCCAGAGUGCUGGUAACGUAGAGCUGGUGAUAUAGAGCUGGUACCACAGAGCUGGUACCACUGAGUUGGUACCAUAGAGCUGGUACCAUAGAACUGGUAACAGAGCUGUGACAUAGAGCUGGUGAUAUGAAGCCUUGGAGGCUAAGGGAUCUUAACCUUUAGUUUAACCUUUGACCUUUACUAGCUGGGAAACUUAAUGAUGACAACCUAGCUUCCAAGCACCGCCCCCUAGUUAGACCAGUACUACACCAGUACACCAUCAGAACCAGAACAUUCAGGGAGGAGAGUUUGCUAAACCAUUGCUGGACAAAGAUUUGGCCAAAUGUAUUUAUUGAUUGAUUUAUUGACCAGUUGUUUUGGUUUGUUGACAAAUGAAUCUUGAAAAAAUGAAACAAAAAUAUGAUGGUUUAAAGUAAAGUGUAUAUAUAUGUAUAUAUAUAUUCAUACAUAUAUAAAUAAGAGAGAGAGAGAGAGAGAGAGAGAGAGAAAGAGAGGGAGAGAGAGAGAGAGAGAGAGAGAGAGAGAGAGAGAGAGAGAGAGAGAGAGAGAGAGAGAGAGAGAGAGAGAGAGAGAGAGAGAGAGAGAAAGAGAGAAAGAGAGAGAGAGAUCUCAGAUCGGCAGAUGAUAAAAUUGAAUUUUGUUUAAAUGUAUUGGUAUUUGAAGUUGAAUAUGUAAAUACAUGUUAUUAUUUAUUGUGUUGAAUAAAGCAAUGUUUGAAAAUACUU